AUGAAAAAACUGUUAGAGAACGUUUUAGAGUCUGGUGAUGUGCGGGAAUUGGAAAGUGCCAUUGUUAGUGCACAGAAUAGCAUUAUCAACUCGGCGAAUUUCCACCAACAAAACACAGACCUCGGUGAUAUUCUCUUGCGUUGCCGAAAAGCCCUUGUCAAUAAUCUUGAAGAGUGUAAAACACUACUCAAACCACUUCGUCGGGCCUGUCGACACUUUGAUGAGGAGGAACUUACAAAUACACUGCAGAAAAUUUACCGUGAACCUCCCGAAGUACGUCGCUACAUGCGUACAGACAUUUUAGAGGCAGAGGCAUUGCGCCACCGUAUGCUUGAUGCUGCUGAGAAGGCACACAAAAUACUAGAGUGUACGAACUGGAAAGAAGUGGAACACUUUCUUGAUGCCAACACUGCUAUACUUCCUGAUCGAACAGUACUGGCCCUCUUGCGACGAAGGGAGGAACUCUUAGCGGAACUACGAAGAAAACCUUCGGAUACUGCAUGGCGAAUAUCAGAGUUGACCCCAAGGCAUGCUAAUGGUACUCAAGAAAGGAUUACGAAGGAAAUCUAUCUUGAUGAUAAUCUUAACAACGAUAAUAAUAAUAAUAAGAAUUAUAGUAAUAAUAAGAAUUAUAAUAGUACUACUCUGAAUGCCGGCUUAACACUUCGUUCAUUACUGUGUGGAGAGGAAAGUCAACGUCAAGCAUUGUCUAUAGAGGAGCAUACCCAGCGUGUAUUGUGUUAUAAAUUGAUGAUGGGCGAUUUGGCAUUAUUACUAUCAGGUACAAAAGGGCCUAAAAGAACAAUUACAGAGUUCCACAGAGCAGGGGAAGAGAGUACACCUAGUAUGACACCCAUGAUGAGUUCAUCAUCAAGGAAAAACAAUACAGAUGUUGUGGAUUCUUGUCUGCGUUUAGGGAGCAGAGCAACUACCCCAGAUGUAUCUCCCAUUAGAGAAACUUCUUUGACAGAUUUCAUAUCAAAAACAGAGAACCAAGUGCAAAAACAUCGAGAAGAUCAGAUAAGUGAUGUUAGUACCUUACCAACUGCAGUAGUUACAAACUCCAACAAUAGUAAUCCGAUUAUUCUCCCAGACACAGUGUCGUCUUUGCUGUUAGAGCGACAUGCGGUUGUUUCACCCACCGUAUGGGCACAACUUCGCGCAAUGAUGCGUGAAGAAGAUGUUCGUCGCCGUGAUAUUGAAAGCACAGAAGAUUUUGAGCGAAGUGUGUUUUUACUUCCUAUGGCUGUGCAGGGUGGACUUCUUACACGUAUCCUUCCGGGGCGGUCAACAUUGUCUAGGCGAUGA